GACCUGCAGCCGGAAGUGCCCGCCUUCUCCCUGCCAGGACCCAGAGGUUACGUCCCAUCAACCCUUGCGCGUGACUCUUCCUUCUCUCUUCCUCGGCGCUGCCUGUGGAGGUGGCGGCCAUCUCUUACCCGGCGUCAUGGCUGCCCUCCGGCCCCUCGUGAAACCCAAGAUCGUCAAAAAGAGGACCAAGAAGUUCAUCCGGCACCAGUCAGACCGAUAUGUCAAGAUUAAGCGCAACUGGCGGAAACCCAGAGGGAUUGACAACAGGGUGCGGAGGAGGUUCAAGGGCCAGAUCCUGAUGCCCAACAUCGGUUACGGCAGCAACAAGAAAACGAAGCACAUGCUGCCCAGCGGCUUCCGGAAGUUCCUGGUCCACAACGUCAAGGAGCUGGAAGUGCUGCUGAUGUGCAAUAAGUCCUACUGUGCUGAGAUCGCCCACAACGUCUCCUCCAAGAACCGCAAGGCCAUCGUGGAACGGGCAGCCCAGCUGGCCAUCAGAGUCACCAAUCCCAACGCCAGGCUGCGCAGUGAAGAAAACGAGUAGACGGCUCGUGUGCACGCUGUUUGUUUCUAAAUAAAGCCACAAACCCCA